AUGACAUUUUCUGAUCUCCUCGAUAACCAGUCGUUCAGACUUUCGCAGGUUGAAAGCUCAGAAGAGGUGAAGCCGGCGGAAGCGAACAAGACAACUGUGACGAAGAAAAUCCCCAUCUUCGGCAGCGGGAUUCCAUCAGACGCCAACGUUGGUCUCGUAAACAUAGGCGAGGACGAGGUGGAAGGAUGGAGAGCGGUGGAGGUGAAGUUCCAGAAGGUAUCGAAGCGCCCACGAUGGAAGAAACUUUUCCCAGAGUGGAUCGACGAGGAGGAGGUCAAGGAGACCCCAUCGUGUCCAGAGAUACCCAUGCCAGAUUUCUCUCAGUACGCAGAGGUGGAUGCGGUGGUGGCGAGGCUUCCGUGCCGCUACCCCAAAGCCGGAUGGGCUCGGGAUGUUUUCCGUCUGCAGGUGCACCUGGCAGCGGCCAACCUCGCGGUGUGGCGCGCGAGAAGGGACGGGGGUGGUCGGGUGAAGCUGGCCUUCCUGAGCAGCUGCCAGCCGAUGAUGGAACUCUUCAGGAUCGAUGAUCUGGUGGCGAGGGAAGGCGACUGGUGGCUCUACGAGUCCGAUCUCAGGAGGCUGCAGCUGAAGGUAGCCAUGCCGGUGGGUUCUUGCCGCCUGGCCCUUCCCCUGAGAGGAGAGAGUAAGUAGACCAGCCUCAACCAACCCACUUGUAGAAAUCGAGGUUGCUUUCUUCCCGCAAUAAUUCAGCAAAGAUUGUUGAUUGUUGUUUCCAGAUGCAACGCAUGAAGGAGAGCAACCUUCGUAACGUGCAACCUUUUGCUGUUUCAGGUCCGAAUUCUGUGGCCGACCAGUCCCAGAGGGAGGCCUACGCGACGGUGCUCCACUCUUCGGAGAGCUAUGUCUGCGGCGCCAUUGUCCUCGCUCAUAGCAUCCGCCGCAGUGGCUCUCGCCGCGACCUCGUCCUCCUCCACGACAAGUCCCUCUCCGACGCCAAGCGCCGCGCCCUCGCUGCCGCCGGCUGGAAGCUGCGCAUGAUCAAGCGAAUCCGCAACCCGCACGCCAAGAAAUUCACCUACAACGAGUACAACUACAGCAAGCUCCGCCUCUGGCUCCUGACCGACUACGACAAGGUCGUCUUCGUGGACGCCGAUGCGGCAGUCCUCCGCAACGUCGACCACCUCUUCGAGAUGCCGGAGAUGUCGGCCGCCGGCAACGACGGGGUGUUAUUCAACUCCGGUGUGAUGGUCAUCGAGCCCUCCAACGCCACCUUCUCUGUCCUUAUGAAGAGGCGCGACGAGAUCGUCUCCUACAACGGCGGCGACCAGGGUUUCCUCAACGAGGCCUUCGUCUGGUGGCACCGCCUGUCGCACAACGUCAACUACCUGAAGAUCUUCCCGGAAAACACCACCUCGGAGGCCCUCCAUAAGAACCGCCUCUUCGGGGCCGACCCCCCUGAGCUUCACGUCGUCCACUACCUCGGCCAGAAGCCCUGGCUCUGCUACAGGGACUACGACUGCAACUGGAACAUACCCGGCGGUGUGAUCUACGCCAGCGACGAAGCUCACCGCACCUGGUGGCGCCUCCACGACAACAUCGCCCCAGCCCUGAGGCGCUUCUGCAGGCUGCCCCAGUGGCGCAAGUCCGAGCUCAACGAGGAGAGAAAGGCGGCGGAGGCUGCGGGCAACCCCGACGGGCACUGGAAGAUCGAAAUCGCCGACCGGAGGCGGCGCUGGGAGAGGCAAUAA